GCGCUGGUCAGAAUAGGUCACAAAUGUCAUUCAAAACUCAUUCAGCUGUUUCUAGUACUCAAGUGGCAGCAGUGCUGUGGCUGCUGAGAGCUGUAUGGGACCGCGCGCGCUAAUCAAAUCCAUUAAUAAAGAUGGCACUGAUGGGAGUUCAGCUGGUGGUCAGCUUGCUGGCAGUCAGCAUAAUGCAGAAAAUGGCCCCACAUUGCUCUUUUGCACGCUGGCUCCUAUGCAAUGGCAGUCUCUUGAGGUUCAAGCAUCCUUCAGAGGGAGAACUUUGUGCACUAGCAGGCAAGCAGAUACCCAACAAGGCUGGCAGAAGAGACAGGAGGCAGAACGGUCACGGGGAGCCCAAGCCACUUACCGUUCCAAAGGACAUUGAUUUACACCUGGAGAGCACCCCUGUGAAUGUUAUAGAUGCUCUGGUUUUGCGCUUCUUUGUGGAGUACCAGUGGUUGAUUGACUUUGCCGUCUAUGCAAUGGGCAUCUACCUCUUCACUGAAGGCUACUACUUUGUUGUGGAUGCUAGUAAAGAAAUCAACAUUGGGGCCAUCUGGUGUGUCUUGAUGGUGUUCUUCUGUCUGAGGACUCUGCAUGUGCUCAUGAGCCACUACUUCCGCUCAGACGAGGGCGGAGAGCGCUCUGUGUGUUUGGCGUUUGGCUUUCUCUCUCUGCUUGUGGCCAUGUUAGUUCUAGUGGUGAGGGAGGACUAUCUGGAGUUUGGCCUUGAGUCUGGUUUCACUAGUGUUUUUGACAACUUUGAAGCUUUUGCCAAACAGCAAGGAUUUGAGUGGUCCAUUCCUUUCACCAAACUGGGAAUAAAGUUGGGUUUGGCUUUCAUUUGUGCCUUCUUUGGAGCUCUGCUGGCUUUCCCUGGACUUCGCCUGGCCCAAACUCACUUAGAUGCUGUACAGAUGAAUGAGAAGAGGCCAGUCAUGCAAAUCCUUCUGCACGUCAGUUUCUUGUCCCCAUUGGUUAUACUUGUGUUAUGGAUCAAGCCUCUUGCACGUGACUUCUUAGGAAAUGCUCCUAUGGGAAAGACUUCAGUCACACUGCUUUCCAGCUCAGCCUUCGACUCAGUGCGUCUGUGGAUAAUCGUGGGGCUGUGUGUGCUGAGGCUGCUGCUCACCCGUCACCACCUGCAGGCUUACCUGAACCUCGCUCCCAAAUGGGUGGAGCAGAUGAAGAAGGAGGCGGGUCGUAUUGCUGCUGUUGACAUCCAGAGAAAGGUGACCCGUGUGUACUGCUACCUGACUGUAGUAACACUACAGUACCUCAUCCCUGUUCUGCUUGUGCUGUUCUCAACCCUGGCCCUCAAGGCUCUAGGAGACUUCUCAUGGGGGCUGGGCGCUGAGACUCCAGGUGUGACGCUAGCACCAGUUCUUCCAACCACUCCUCCCCCACUACCCAGGUCAGAAGAUGAGGACGAUAUAGAGGACAUGGAGGAGGACAUCCAAGUCACCGUGGCUCACUUGGCUGAGGUGUUUUCUGCACUACGUUCCGUCCUCACCCCUAUCUUCUUCAGAGGGAUCUUUGCCUUUCUUACCUGGUGGGUGGCGGCCUGCCAGCUCAUCAGCAGCCUGUUCGGCAUUUACUUUCACCAGUAUCUGAUGCAGAGCUGAGCUGAGCUAAAGAAUGGCCCCUGUGUGCAGGCUGUGUGCACUGCGACAAUCUAAUCCAGCUCCUGAGGAGAACACUUGAGCUCCACCAACACACACCAGGCAUGUUUAUGCCUCUGAGGGUUUGAUCUUGACUGAAGAGUGUGACGUGUUUGGUCCAAGACAAAGAAAAUGCUGCAGUAUUGAUUUUGACGCAGUUGUAUUAAAACAGAAUUUGUUUGCUACACUUAAAUCAAAUGGACAAUGCACAGAAGGAAAGGUUUUUUUUUCGUUGAAUACUCUGUUGCUACAAAUUGAAUCACUUAAUAAUUUUGAAGAACUUGCUGUUAUUCAACAGUUAAAGUUUGUGAUGUAAUACUAAGUGCCUGGUAACUCAGGGAUUUGAAGUCACAAUAUUUCCUCUACCAGCACUGAACUAAUUAUAAACUGCACAAAGGCACAAAGUAGCAGGUUGCAGUUUUGCUCAGACUCUCCUGUUUCAGUGCUGAUGUAUUAAAGGUUUUGGUGCCUGCACAAUAUUUUAUCCAGUUUUGCAGGUCUUGGAUCAUGCUAUAAUAACAAUCCAAUCAAGGUUUAGUUUGACUUUUGUUUCCCUGAGUAGUUCUAAUUUAUUUAUCUUGGUCCCAUUGAAUGACCACAUGCUAAUUUAGUAUAAGGUGAUUUGUUAGAAGUUUUUUUUUUUUUUAAUGAAAUGCAUGGUGUGACAGUACUGUUUGACUGAGAGUGUGUGUUUUAUUAAAAUUCCGAAUGCCUCAA